AUGCCGCACCACCGCCGUCGCCGCUUGCCCUGGGCUUCGGCUGCGGCGCCGCCUGAGGUGCUCGACGGAACGCGUCUCAGUGAGCCCUGUGGGGAUCAGGCUAGGUGCUCCACCGCCGCACCAGAGGCGAUGCGCGUCGACGUUCACCAGCUUGACGCCGCGAGCGUCGGCGCGCGCGUGGGGCGCUCGGUGAGGCGACUUCCUCGGCCGCCUACGCCCCCCUACGAGCGUGCCGCGGCCGCUGGGUCUUGUUCCAUUCCUGAGAAACACUGGCUUAAUGCGUAUUCUGAAAUGCCUCAUCCUAGCCCGGGGUCCACAAUAAUACCUGACUUAGUUCCUUGGACGUUGACUUUCGUGUCCACGUUUGCGGCAGAGGACAACCUAUAUGCCAGCGGCCAGCCAGAUAGCCGAGGUUUCAUAAGCAUUGACUGUGGCAUCCCAGAAAACUCUUCGUACCAAGAUCUCACCUCAAGCAUAAUAUAUGUCUCUGACCAUGGUUUCAUCAGCUCGGGAGAAAACCGCAACAUCUCCUCAGAUUACAUCAGCCCAUCACUAGCACAGCGCUAUUAUAAUGUCCGCUUCUUUCUAGAUGGCACGCGGAAUUGCUACACCUUGAGAUCCUUGGUUGCCGGAAACAAGUAUUUUGUUCGUGCAGCGUUCUAUUAUGCAAAUUAUGAUGGCCUGAACAAGCUUCCUGUUUUUGAUCUAUACAUGGGGGCAACUUAUUGGCAUGAAGUUAAGUUCAGGGAUGCAGGUGCGAUUAAUUGGAUGGACAUCAUAGUUGUGGCUCCUGCUGAUUACCUGCAAGUUUGUUUGGUGAACAAAGGGAUGGGAACUCCGUUUAUCUCUGGGCUGGAUUUGAGGCCACUGAAGAGUACUCUUUACCCAGAGGCAAAUGCUAGUCAAUCCCUGGUGCUGACCAAUGCCAAUCGGUUUAACAUGGGGCCCACAGACAAGUCUGUAGUUCGGUACCCAUUGGAUCCCCAUGAUCGUAUCUGGUUGACAUAUGGUGCCAUCCCAACCUGGAACGAGGCAUCCGCUACAUCUGUUGUUCGGAAUUACCUUACUGAUCCCUAUGAUGUGCCAUCUGCCGUCAUGCAAAAUGCCGCAACACCUUCCAAUAGUUCAAUAAUUAAUUUCUCAUGGGAUCCAUCUGAUCACUCUGUGAAUAUCAGCUCCAGAUACUUCUUUGUUUUCUACUUUGCUGAGUUGCAGAGUGUAGCGAGCAAUGAACUGCGGCAGUUUGAUAUCAUUGUCAAUAACAGCACAUGGAACAAAAAACCUUAUACUCCACCAUACCUAUUUGCUGAUUCCUUUUCUGGUAUGGUUCAGGGGCAAGCGCAGUAUAACAUCUCACUUGUUGCUACAAAGAACGCAACACUCCCACCUAUUCUCAAUGCCAUGGAGAUAUAUUUGGUGAAACUGAUAGAUGAAAUUGCAACAGACCCUGGAGAUGCUAGAGCCAUGAUCGCAAUCCAAGAAGCUUUUGGUGUGUGCAAAAAUUGGAUGGGUGACCCAUGUGCUCCAAAAGCUUUUGCAUGGGAAGGAUUGGACUGUACUGAUCCUCCAACUGGUAUUCCAAGAAUAACAGCAUUAAACUUGUCUUCAAGUGGGUUGGCCGGUCCCAUCACUACCUCUUUUGGAGAUCUGAAAGCACUCCAGUACCUGGAUUUGUCACACAAUAACUUGUCUGGCUCCAUUCCAAAUUAUCUUGGGCAGCUUCCAUUUCUAGUAUUUCUGGAUCUCUCCAGCAAUGAUCUUUCUGGAUCAAUUCCUUAUAGUCUUCUUCAAAAAUCCCAGAAUGGGACUCUAUCACUAAGGCUUGGUAACAAUUCAAAUUUAUUUGGGAACGGUACUAACUAUGGUUCAGGCCCAAAGAAAAUGGAUGGGGCACUUCUCUCUGCGAUAAUCAUUCCAAUAGUUGCUGCCAUUGCCUUAUUUGUUAUCUUCAUUGUUCUGCUGCUCCGAACACUCAAGGAAAAAGCUAGGAGAAGGGUUGCUGAUCCUAAAGAUGAAACAACAUUACUUGAGAACCGAGAAUUCUCUUACAGAGAACUGAAGCAUAUUACAAAUAACUUUAACCUAGAGAUUGGCAAAGGUGGGUUUGGAGCUGUCUUCCUUGGUUACUUGGAAAAUGGAAAGCCAGUCGCUGUGAAAAUACGGUCAGAGUCAUCUUCACAAGGGGGCAAAGAGUUUCUGGCUGAGGCUCAACAUUUGACAAGGAUACAUCACAAGAACUUGGUAUCCUUGAUUGGUUAUUGUAAGGACAAAAAUCAUUUUGCCCUUGUCUACGAGUACAUGCCUGAAGGGAACCUGCAGGAUCAUCUGAGAGACACUUCUACUCACAAACCGCUCACUUGGGAGCAACGCCUUCAAAUCGCCCUUGAUGCUGCUCAAGGUCUGGAGUACCUGCAUGUUGCAUGUAAACCAGCACUGAUUCACAGAGAUGUGAAGAGUAGGAACAUCCUCUUGACCACCGACCUUGGGGCUAAGAUUGCAGAUUUUGGUCUGACCAAGGCUUUCAGUGACUCAGAAACACAUAUCACCACUGAACCAGCUGGUACAAUGGGCUACUUAGAUCCUGAGUACUACCGCAGUUACCGGAUCAGCGAGAAGAGUGACGUUUACAGCUUUGGUGUCGUUCUCCUGGAGCUCAUGACAGGCCAUUCCCCGAUCGUCCCGAUAGACGAAAGUGUGAGCAUUCACAUUGGCGAGUGGGUGCAGCAAAACCUUGACCAAGGCAGCAUCGAGAGCAUCAUAGAUUCAAGCAUGGAAUGCGACUACGACAUCAACUCUGUCUGGAAAGUCGCCGACCUGGCGCUGCACUGCAAGCAAGAAGUCUCCAGGGAGCGGCCUACGAUGACGGAUGUGGUGGCACAGAUCAAGGAGAGUAUGGAGCUCAAGGCCCGCCGCCGCGAUCGGGAGCGGAGCUCGGCGUUGGCUGGUGGUCAUGGUCUGAGCUAUGCCGGUGAGAGGAAUGUGUUUGAGGUAGAACGAAACGUUGGGGAGAUAUCAGAGGCCUCUCUUGGUCCGGCAAUGAGAUAA